CAACACUGCUGGAAAAAAGGGAAUGCAUAAAUUGAAUUCACCUUCAAAGACUGAUUUUGCAGACGGAUCUCAUUCAAGAGUUUGCCGAGAAAACCAAGGAUCGGGAGUGGAAAAAAGCAAGCGACAAAAAAAAGGGAAGACCACACAGAAUGAAAUGGUGGGGGGAAAGAGGAAAAAGGGGGAAUAAGAAAAAAAUAUCAUAUAAAAAAAUACUGAAUUGCAGCAUUUUGAGAGAGAAUGAACGAAUCAACGAUAGAAUGACAAUGAAAAACAAAAUAAAACAAAAAAGGCACUGCCUGAUGAUAAAUAACGAACACAGUAAAGAAAAAAAAAAAAAGAGAAUAGUAAACAGGAGGCAGACAGCGGAGUCGAAGCGGGGCGGGAAGUGUCAGGAAAACAAGGUGAACAAGAAUAAGCAAAAAAAAAAAAAAAAAAAAAGGGAUACACGACUUUGGUCGGAGAUCAAGGCAAUAGGAAUAUUUUUUCUUCUUUUGUAGGAGGGCUUUUUUUUGGAUUUCCUUCCAAGGAUAGAUGGACUUGAAAUACAUCAUUCGAUUUUU